AUAUAUAAAAUUCAAGGUGGGGUUGGGUUUUUCUUUGCAUGUUCAGUUUGGUGUGAUUUCCAUCACUCUUGUCGUUGUCUAUUCAACUUUGCGUGAGUUUCAAGGCUUUCAAAUUUUUAUUUCUUUUUAUCGUUUUCUUUAUUGUAAAUUUGUUAAAAGUUUCGAUUUUUUUUUCCACCCUCUAAAUUUAGCGUUUGGUAGAAGAAUGUUCUAUCUUUGGAUCUAAUUUUUCUUUCUGUCUAUAUAAUGGGUCUAUGAUCAUGGUGUGUUUGGAUCAGAAGAGUGGUUACUAGUUAGGGUAUUGGGUUGGUCCUUUUUCUGAAGCUUGAGAUCAGGAAUUGAACUUCAGAGGUCCUUGCAAUGGCAGAGAAUUCUUCUAAUGAUGAUCACCACUCAUCAAAGCAACCUCCCUUGCCGUCUCCCUUGCGUUUCUCCAAAUUCUUUCAGUCCAACAUGAGAAUCUUGAUUACUGGCGGAGCUGGGUUCAUUGGUUCUCACCUAGUCGAUAGAUUGAUGGAAAAUGAAAAAAAUGAGGUCAUUGUUGCUGAUAACUACUUCACUGGAUCAAAGGACAACCUCAAAAAAUGGAUUGGUCAUCCAAGAUUUGAGCUUAUCCGUCAUGAUGUCACUGAAACUUUGAUGAUUGAGGUUGAUCAGAUCUACCAUCUUGCAUGCCCUGCAUCUCCUAUUUUCUACAAAUAUAAUCCUGUGAAGACAAUAAAGACAAAUGUGAUUGGCACACUGAACAUGCUUGGGCUUGCAAAGCGAGUUGGAGCAAGGAUUUUGCUUACAUCAACUUCGGAGGUAUAUGGAGAUCCUCUAGUGCAUCCUCAACCUGAAAGCUAUUGGGGCAAUGUUAACCCUAUCGGAGUUCGUAGCUGCUAUGAUGAGGGAAAGCGUGUGGCUGAGACUUUGAUGUUUGAUUAUCAUAGGCAGCAUGGACUAGAAAUACGCGUCGCGAGAAUCUUUAACACAUAUGGACCACGUAUGAAUAUUGAUGAUGGACGUGUUGUCAGCAACUUCAUUGCUCAAGCACUUCGUGGUGAAUCCUUGACGGUCCAAUCUCCAGGAACACAAACUCGCAGUUUCUGCUACGUCUCUGAUCUGGUUGAUGGCCUUAUCCGUCUAAUGGAAGGAUCGGACACUGGUCCAAUCAACCUUGGAAACCCAGGUGAAUUUACAAUGCUUGAACUUGCUGAGACGGUGAAGGAGCUUGUUAAUCCUAAGGUGGAGAUAAAGAUGGUGGAGAACACUCCUGAUGAUCCACGACAGAGAAAACCGGACAUAACAAAAGCAAAAGAAGUGCUUGGAUGGGAACCAAAGGUCAAGCUAAGGGAAGGCCUUCCUCUUAUGGAAGAGGAUUUCCGUUUGAGGCUUGGGGUUGACAAAAAAAAUUAACAUUUUGUGUAAUUUCAAAAUCGGAAUAUGAUUGCCAACGAGAUAUAAAAAGAGUGGCUCCCAUCAUUUUUUUGUCUCUGUGGCAGAGACAAAUUUGUCUGCUUUAGAAGCAGAAAUCAUAUUCCCUCUCAAAAUAGUAGAUAAUAAGUGGGAUGGAUUAGUUUAUCAGUUUUCAUGUUUUUUUCCUUUUCAUAAUUUUGAUACUGAGGAAGUUGGGUGCCUAUGACUUGGCUUCCAUUAGUAUCAAAGACCAUUUUCUUGUCUGUCUGUCCAAAUUUUGCCGGUGGAAUU